AUGAUUAUAGCUAGAUUUACAAGCAGAUUGAUCUUCGUUCAAGGUGCGACAUCCUCGGUAGUUAACGAUCAUAGAGUCGUAAAGAUUAAUUCUGGAGAUGAUUCACAAACACAUUUUGUUAGCAAUCGGAUCAUAUCACAUAAGUAUACGAUAUGGAACUUCAUUCCAAAGAAUCUCUUUGAGCAAUUUCGACGAGUGGCAAAUUUUUAUUUUUUAAUCACGACGAUAAUCGCGCUUAUAAUAGAAUCGCCGGUCUCGCCGUUAACCAGCGCCUUACCUCUAACGUUUGUCAUCUUGGUAACAGCGAUUAAACAGGGAUAUGAAGAUUAUCUCCGUUACAGAACGGAUAAACGAGAUAAUCGGAGAUCGGUUAAUGUCAUCCGUAACAAAUGUCUGCAGGAUAUAUAUUGCGAACAAAUAGUAGUGGGCGAUCUUAUAAAAGUCUGUCGAGACGAGGAUGUGCCCUGCGAUAUCGUCCUUCUUCAUAGUGAGACUCGAGGAUGUUGUUACGUCACGACAUCUAAUCUAGAUGGUGAAACGAAUUUAAAGACGUUACUCGUCCCGAAAGUGAUCUCAGCGAUGUCACUUUCGGAAAUAGUGGCGAUACAAGCGACGAUUACGUGCCAGCAGCCCUUAGCUAAUCUUUAUAAUUUCCACGGCAAACUCGAGAUUAACGAUGGCAGCGAGAUAAUUAGCGGACAUCUGACAAUAGAUAAUCUUAUGCUUCGUGGAUCAAGACUGAAAGAUACCGAGUAUGUGAUCGGCUGCGCGGUUUACACCGGGCAGGACACGAAACUGUCCCUCAAUUCAAAGAUAGUCAGCAAUAAAUUCUCAACUGCCGAGAGAUCUAUCAAUAAGUAUCUUAUUGUAUAUGUCGUGAUACUGUUACUUGAAGUGUUGGUGUCUACUUUGUUGAAACUAUACGUUGAAUCCUACCAAGGAUGGGAUAGUUAUCUAGGACCACGGCCUAAUACCAAUUUUUUCUCGUUAAUUACGGAUAUUAUGAGCUUCCUUAUUUUAUUCAAUUACAUCGUACCGAUAUCAUUGUAUGUCACCAUCGAAUUGCAAAAGUUCCUCGGCUCCUUUUUCUUCGGCUGGGACUUAGACAUGUACGACGCAAGCAACGAUCAGCCGGCGCUCGCCAAUUCGUCAGACUUGAACGAAGAGCUCGGCCAGGUUGAGUAUCUGUUUGCUGAUAAGACUGGGACACUCACUGAAAAUCUGAUGGUGUUCAGGCGCUGCUCGAUCGAUGGCAACAUAUACAUGGAGAAAGAUUGCGAUGGAAAUCUUUACUUAUUGCCAUCAAGCGGAAAUGAGAAGGAGGCCGUCAAAUUGUCAGCGUGGGAGGGCGACAUUUGGCAUUUCAUGAUAAGCAUAUCACUAUGUCAUGUGGUUCAAAUAGCGCCGCCAAAUCGGCGUCCUGAAAUCAUAGCUAAACGAACUCAAUUUCGCGAGAGCUUCAGGUUAAAAAAAGUCACGAGAGUCAACAGCUCGUUGAUGAUGCAUCCGGAUCUGCCAGAAUACCAGGCGGCAUCGGCAGACGAAAAGGCAUUAGUAGAGGCAAGCGCUAGAUGCGGUGUUGUUUUUCAAAAGAAUACUAACGAGGAGAUGCACAUCAAGAUCAAGGAGAACACGCUAGUCUUUCAGAAGCUGGAAAUAUUGGAGUUCAGCUCUGAACGAAAGAGGAUGUCAGUAAUUGUAAAAGAUUCAGCGGGAGAUAUCUGGCUGUAUUGCAAAGGUGCGGAUUCGGCUGUUUUACCGUUGAUAGUUGAAGGAAAGAUACAAAACGCUGUUACCCAUGUCGCCGAUUUCUCUAUGAGAGGUCUGCGAACGCUGAUAGUGGCGUAUAAAAAAAUGCAGCAAUCCGAGUACGAAAGGCUGCAGCAGAAUAUCGAGGAGGCCAGACAGAUAAUUGGCCCGGAAAGAGCGACGCAUAUGACGCGUGCUUAUAAUCUUAUGGAGAGCGGGCUUACCUUGCUUGGAGUAACUGCGGUGGAAGAUCGCCUACAAGACAAAGUACAAGAAACCUUGGAAUGCCUACGAGUCGCUGGCAUCAAAAUAUGGGUGCUUACUGGAGACAAAGCAGAAACUGCCGAAAACAUUGCUUUUCUCUGCGGCCAUUUCAAGAAAGGUACCGAGGUUCUAAGACUGAUGGAUGAGCCCUCAGGGCAAACCUGCUUUCUAAUUCUCACAACUUUCGAACGAAAAGUAAAAUUGGAACCGUACAAGCAAUACGGAUUGAUAGUAGACGGUGUCAGCAUAGCGGCGACGUUAAGAAGUUAUCCGGAAUUAUUUAAAUCCGUUGCGAUGACAUGCGAAGCGGUUGUCUGUUGUAGACUGACGCCUCUGCAAAAGAGCGAGAUUGUGCAUCUGAUAAAAACGGCGCGAAACCGUCCGCAAACUGCGGCCAUCGGCGAUGGCGGUAAUGAUGUUUCGAUGAUACAAGAAGCACAUGUAGGUAUCGGCAUAAUGGGAAAGGAGGGUCGCCAGGCGUCAAUAUCCGCCGACUUUGCCUUCACAAAAUUCAAAUAUCUGAGAAAAGCAAUUCUAGUGCAUGGGCACUGGUAUUAUUUACGCAUCAGCCUUCUGAUGCAGUAUUUCUUUUAUAAGAAUGUGGUGUUUAUAACGCCGCAGGUGUUGUUCGGCAUGCACAAUGGUUUCUCUACGCAGGAACUUUAUGAUGGUGUAUUUCUAAUGGGCUUCAACUUAAUAUUUACAUCACUGCCGGUAUUGCUAUAUGGAUUAUUGGAACAGAAUUAUAACGCGAGGAAACUCAUGGAGCAUCCAUACUUGUAUAAAUUAAAUAAAAAUAAUUAUUUAAUGUCAAGACAACAAUUUAUGGUGUGGCUGCUUCUAGGUUUAUGGCAUACAUGUGUAACAUAUUUUGUAGUAUUUGCUGUGACAACUAUCAAUCCUACGUAUUUAUAUGAUAACACACCAGUUGAGCAUUGGACUUACAGUACAUGCAUUUUUCAUAUAGUCACUUUGCUAGCAAAUGUACAGAUUUUAAUGCGCAGUUUAUAUUGGACAAUUCCACUUGUUCUAGGCGUAGUGCUAUCCGAAUUAAUAUUUUUCGUAAGCACAUUUUGCUAUUCACUUAUAAAGGUGAAGUAUGAUGGUGAUAUGUUUGGAGUCUUUCAAAAAUUAUUAAUGUCACCCAUAUUCUGGUUACUCACUAUACUUAUCGUCGUUGCUUGCUUAAUACCUGAUUACUUAAUGAUGACAUAUAACACCUAUAAACCAAUAAAAAUUCUUCGAAGAAAUGAAGAACCUCCGCAAAUUUGUGAUUGCAAUAGUGACGAUAGUGAAUCCAGUUCUUGGCAAAUGAGACACCGUGUAUUUCCAUGGAGAGGUAGCCUUUCGUUGCAGAAAGUUAAAUAAUAUGCUAGAAGGACCAGCAUACACAUUUACAUUUCAGUAUUAUUUAUGUAUAUAUAUGUAUAAAAAAAUGUUUAUUUGGAAUCUUAUAUACGAUUUAUUUUGUACAUUGCAAUUUAAGUUGCUGUAGUAUACGACUAACAUCGUAUUAAAUAACUUUAAUUAUCAAUUGAUAUAAUAAAAUCAGUCAGGAGUU